AUGGGAGUCGAUGCGUCUCAGAGCGGCUUCUGGUCCCAGCCCUCGACCGUCCAGCCGCUUUUCCUCUCCCAACUUUCUCCGACGACCGACCUGGCCGUCACUGCCUACCUCGCUUUAACAGGAAUCACAUCAGCAGUGGGAAACGCAGCUGUGUUGCUUGUCCACUGCGGAAGAAGAAAGAAACUCCGACCUCCAGAGCUGAUGACCGUCAACCUUGCACUCUGCGACUUGGGCUUUAGCCUCCUGGUAUCACUGUUCAUCAUCUCCAGCUUGCGCCACGCCUGGCUGUUUGGGGAACUAGGAUGCCUCCUCUACGGGCUUCUGGGCUUCGUUUUUGGCAUUGGAUCCCUGGUCACAACCUCUCUCAUUUCGCUGGACCGCUGCCUCAAAAUCUGUUACAUAAGAUAUGGAAAGUAGAACAUUGACAUUUUUUCAACAUUAGAUAAUGAAUGACUUGGGCGCAUCUCUGUAGGUCAAUGGGUUGAGAGACGCCAUGUGUGUUUGUCCAUCCUGCUAGUGUGGGUCUACACUGUGUUUUGGGCCUCACUACCUGCUUUUGGCUUCGGUAGCUAUGGACCAGAACCGUACGGGACCAGCUGCACUAUCAAUUGGUGGAAAAUGAGGUCAUCCAUGAAUGACAGAAUGUACAUCGUUCUAAUCCUGAGCCUUUGUUUUGGACUCCCGACACUCACUAUCAUUUGUUCAUAUAUGGCCAUCAUCAGUAAGGUGUAUAGAUCUAAUCGCACUCUGGCGUCAAUACCGUACUCCUCUGUCAGCCACACAAGCAAGGACCUGAGACUUGCCAAGAUGGCUGCCGUGGUGUGCAUCACCUUCCUCGUGGCUUGGACCCCUUACGCCGCCGCGUCACUCAUGUCCGCCUUCCUUUCUGAAGAAUUUGGGAAAGUUACCUUUAUCCCAGAAUUGCUGAAUUCCAGCGUUGCCGAGUGUUACAGGCCAAAAACAGACAGCUUGAACGCUUUGGCCCCCACCGAAGCCGCAACGGCAAGAAGCGCAGUGUCGCUGUCCUGUCUGAAUCCUGCAUUCACCUUGAUCCCCGCAUUGUUUGCUAAAUCCCACUGCAUGGCGAACCCGUUCAUCUACCAGAUUAUGAACAGGGAGUUCAAGGACAAGGCCUAUGCAGUGGUGUUUGGACGUCACAAGGUGAAGAGGAGACAACCACGAACCAGACAGAGGAGCUUAGGUGAAAGCAUUUAG